AUGCGGACAGCCUCCAUCACAGCAGCAGUGAGGCGGCCAGUCCUCAACGCCGUUGCGUCGUCGUCGUCGUCGUCGUCGCCUAGGGCUGCAGUUUCCGUACCACGGUUCACGCGCAGCGCUUGGGGAACGAGCGCGCCGGCACCUCCACCCGUCAAGCUCGCGUACGACCUCGUCCACCCAAAAGAGGACAAGCGGCCUGACGAGGCGCUCGUGGUGUGUCAUGGAUUCUUAGGAUCAAAACAAAACUGGCGGUCGCUGGGUAAACGCAUGGCCAACGCGCUGUCCAUGCGCGUGUUCACGCUCGACAUGCGGAACCACGGACAGUCUCCACAUGCCGCGCCGCACACGAGCGUGGCCAUGGCCGAGGACCUGGGGCUGUUCUUCAAGGACCAUGGGUUGACGAGUGGAGUGCAUCUCGUGGGACACAGCAUGGGGGCCAAGUCUGUCAUGGCCUAUGCCCUCAACGCCGACCUGAACGCGCCGCUGCGGUCGCUCGUGCCCAUCGACAUGACUCCCAACAUUGAGCCCAUCGAGCCUCAAUACAACGGCUACACCAAGGGCAUGCAGGAAAUUGCCGCGGCCAAAGUCCAGACGCGCGCCGAGGCCGACGAGCUGCUCAAGCCGUACGAAGCCGUGCCCGCCACGCGCCAGUUCCUGCUCACCAACGCCAUCACCGUGCGCGGUCCGUAUGGCCGGAAACACGUCGGUUUCCGCGUCAACCUCCCCCUGCUCGCCGACGCAAUCAACAGGCUGGGCGAGUUUCCAUACACCCCGCCGCCGCCCGUGUCGCCCACGUCGCCGCAGUGGACGGGCCCGGUGCUGUUCAUCAAGGGCGCGCACGCAGCGUAUAUCCGCCCCGAUAACAUCGAGGUCGCGAGGCGGUUCUUCCCGCGCAUGGAGCUUGUGACCCUCGACGCGGGGCAUUGGGUGCAUGCCGACCGGCCAGACGAGACGGUCGAGAGUAUCGUGCGGUUUGUACAGAACAACUAG